AUGUUAUCAGAUACAUACGAGAAGUCACUACUAGAAAGAUAUACGCUUUGUAUUAGUUCAGUUGUGUUGCUAGCAGCUGGAUUGUGCUUUAAUAUCUGGGAACCAUUGCAGUUUUGGGGUCCGGAGAGUCUUAUGCCCGGUAGAAUGUAUGCCCAUCAUGAAACCGUUCGUUUUUCAGUUGUGUUGUUCGGGGCUUUACUCAUACCAUUUGUUAUUUGUUGGAUUAAGCGGGUAACAAAACAACGUGAGAAGCCUCUAGAUACGCUUUUGGUCUCAGUUUUUGCCAUUGCUUUGACUAACUUCAUAGUUUGCACGUUGAAGUUUGCGAUUGGUAAACAGCGGCCAGACUAUGCCGAUCGAGUGAGUCAAUUUACAUCGGGUAAGCAGUUUUUGGAAGCAACCCGGUCGUUCCCUUCUGGACAUAGUGCGGUGGCCUUUGCCUGUGCGGUCUUGGUUGCCUAUUCAGUUUGGAUCGUCAUGCAUAAGUACAAGCACACGGCGCGUCAUUGGCAAUUGACCAUUUUUGGGAUAGUGACUCCUUUCCUUUUGGCUAGUUUUGUGGCGCUAAGUCGUAUAUACGAUGGACGUCAUGACGUAGUUGAUGUAAGUGCUGGUGUUUUCAUUGCUAUCAUUGUCUGUGUACUAACCGUCAACUAUUUGGGCGACCGACAGGACAUGUAUCACAAGUGGGUCAUAUAG